GUGUUAUGUUUGAGUAUUCCGAUAGACGCGGGCGGGCCACGGCUGUAUUGGUUUUGAACGAGCACAUAUGCGAUGUAUAUUAACGACAAGGAUUAUUCUAUGAUUUUGUGUUUUAACCGGUAUCUCGAUGUUGCAGAGUGUCACAGACUGCUGAUUUGUGAAUUUCUUAAACUUAUUUUCUGUGGUUUUCUCUUUGAAGUCUACUCUUGUGACAGGUGGCAAAAAACUAGGUCUCCCUCUUCAAGAGAAUCCUUACAUCACAGUCGAGAACCAAGUUUUCGAUAACGUAAGCUGUGCAUCGUGAAAACUGUAUAGGACACAUUUUCUAAUUUUCCUAGUAAUAAAACCAGUUUGUGGGCAUCCUCACAGGCUUCAAUUGUGAUUUUAGUUGUAAAAGUGUAAAAAAAAUCGUGAUAUUAUGUAUAACUUGAACGUGAGUUUGGCCGAGACAGCAGCCAAUGCUGUCAACAAUCUACUGAUAGAAACUAAUGGACCUACCCCUAGAACCCCGGAGAUACUGAAUUCCCUGAUUGCCAUGACAAAUCCACUCGACAAUUAUUUUGGAGAUGGUAGUCACAAGGUUAAAAAUGGGCCUCCGACGAACGUCUCAACAGAUUCGAACUCCUCUAGCUCCUCUCAACUGGAAUCUCCAACAGCCAAUAAUCCGCCCAGCAUCCAACACACAUGUUCCCAACUGAUAAAAGCGGGACUCAAACUGACGAUCGAACAGAAGCGAAAACUGCAGCAAGACUGUGACGAUUUCCUCGAUCUCGACAAAUGCCCCAAAAGGAUGAGGAAAAUUGAGUGCAGCGAGAGCGAAGAGGAUAAAAUCAAGUUGGACAGUGGGCUAACCCCUGAAGAUGAAGAAAGACGGAGACGUCGCCGAGAACGAAACAAAAUAGCAGCGACAAAAUGCCGUCUGAAGAAGCGUGAACGUACAGCCAACUUGAUAACUGAAUCCGAGACAUUAGAAACCCAAAAUUUAGAAUUGAAGAGUCAAGUACACGAGCUGCAACAGCAGAAACGAACCCUCGAAGACGUACUAGCCCACCACCGCCCGCUAUGUCAGCAUCAAAUCAAACAGGCCACAAGGGACGCCCUGUACAAGCUACCCCCUGUAUCAUCAGUAAUAGAGAAUCAUUCCUACAGUCAUUCUAAUACCAAUUACGAUAGGACGACACAAAUGAAUGGUUACUCAAGGUCCAAUUCUCCCUGUCUGAGUUUUUCCAACUAUGUUAAAAGUAAUUCGUAUAAAAAUCCACCUAAGAUAAUCGUUGAAGAAAUAAACGACAAUUCGGUACUCAUAACGAACCUAGACAAUCCGCACGUACACCAAAAUUAUUACAAUCAAUGUCACAAUUAUCCAAGCCAAAACUACAGCAGUUCCUCAGGUUUGGGUAAUGGUUGUUUGGCAUGAUGUUAAACCAUUCAAACCUGACAUUACUCUGGGGUUAUUCUGAUUUUAUGAAAAUUUUAUUAUAUUUUCGAAGUUUAUAUAUUGUAUAUUUAUUGAGUCCAACAAUUUAAUUGUAAGCCAUUUUAUCAUUAGGUUUCUAAGUACGAUGCAGUGAAUUUUUGUUUUUUAGUUUCCGAAAUCUUCCUAUAUAUCUAUAUCUAUUUAAUGUUAUGGAAUGUUUUUUGAUUCCGCAAAGUCUUCACUGUAACCAUUUUUUGAGCUUCACCAUAUGUAGGUUUGCAAACCAAUAAGAAAUAAUGUAUUUGUAUUUGGGCAAUACUCCUCAAGAAAUUUUUCAUUUAGUUGAAGCUGUUGAAAAAUUUCUAGAUUUCAGAUCGAUUAACAACAUCCAACAGCAUUGGACAAUUUUCUAAUGUCACAUUCCAAUACUUAGAGAUAUUCAUUUUCAGAAUUUAAUUAGGUAUCUAUAUAUAUUAAUUAUAUGAUCAACUUUGUUAGUGCCUUAUCUUGACUUAGUAAUAAUAUUGUUGAAAAGAUAUUAAUAUGUAUAUAAAUAGCAAACAAUAAUGAAAAAAUUCUAUAUUUAGCGUAAAAAAAAACAAAAGAGAAAGGAAUUGAUGAAAACAACAGCUGUACCUAGCCAAGAAAUAUUAUCUAAUACACAAUUAAUAGAUUACUUUAUAUCACAAGUUAUUUUUGGAUGUAUGAAAGUGUUAUUCAUUUUCCAUUAUUGGACGGUUGAGAAACAUUGCUCUAAACAACCCAUAAUUAAUGUACUCCCUUACCUGCAAAAAAUUCAUUUCGGUAUGAAAACAGGAUAUUGUCCAAAUAUCACAGAUCAUUAGUUCUCUGCAAAAUAUUAGUUCAUCAACUUGAUCUCGAACAAUAUAGUUCUCAAAAUAAUUUGGAAAUCUCGGGAUUGAAAUUGAAGCUGUAGCAAUAAAAUGUAAUAAGCUUUUUCGAUAUUCAAAUCUUCCUUCAUGAAUGAUGGACUAAGACUUGUUACCAGAUCUGACUAUGAAUUAUAGAUAUUUAGCUGUUGUUGUAAUUAUUUGUUAGAGAAUGUUGUUUUAUAUAUUUACGGCAGAAUCACAAAGUAACAAACAGCAUUCCAAAAAUAGAAUACGAUUUGAAAAUAAAUCUACUUUGUACAUUAUUUAUCUUAUAUUUUGAUGUUAACUGCCGCAUUUUUAUCGACUUUUUUAUUAUCACAUUUUUAAAUAUUUAAACAUUGUUAUCAGUGAAUAUUUUUCUAUCUACUUAGAUUUAGAAACGAAUUAAAUGUACCUUUCCUCGACAUAGCCUCACCCUUUAUAUUUAAAAAUUUAUAAAAGAAAUGUAACAACAUAUCGUUUAUCAUAAUUGAUUUUAUCAACGCAUCACGAAAAUUAUAAUAUCUAUCGAAGAAACUGUCACAUUCCUUUUAUAAUAUUAUUUUCUUUAUUUCAUUUAGAUACUUAGGCAAUUUAUUUUCCAUAAAUUCGCUUUAAAGGUUAGCUUGAAUGAUGCAAAAUAAUUAUUUAAAAAUGCAAAACACAUAUUAUUUUAUGUUUUUCAUAUAACGAAACUGUGCCUUAUUGUUGAUUGAACAAUAUAAAUGGCAUAAGUUCAUGAACCUGAAAAAUAAGCUUACAAAUUGUGAUACAGAAUUCAACACCUAUUGUGUUAAAAAUAUUUAUAUGAAUACAUAAAUAGCAUCACUUCUAAAUUAUAGUAUAAAUUCGUUUAGCCUAUCACUAGUCUAACAGCUUCUCAGGUUAUAAAAAAAAACAAUUCACACAUGUUUUUCUGAAUUCUUCAAAUUCUAUUUUCCAUGCACUACUUAUAUGGGGCUAAUAAAAAGUAUUUGUAACUCUUGAUGUGAAUGAAAUAUUGGUAUUCAUGAAACCUCAUUUGAUUUCGAUAUAUUUUCUAUAUUUUUUUUUAGGAAAAUUAGAAUUUGAACGAAUCUCACGAAAAAUAAUAAUUGAAGUUAUUCUUUUUACCAUUUUCUUCUUUUUAAAGUCACUGUUAUGCUGUAGUACUAAAGAAUUAAGUCUUCCCUUCAUUAUAGCACUUAAACUUAGUUUCUUAUCGAUGUUACUAUGUUGAAUUCAAUCAUUUAGUGACAUUUGAUAUCGCUAAAUUUUAUUGUGAAAAAUGUCUUCGAGUAUUUUUAUCUUAGGCUGAUUUUUAGACCAAGCAUGUGCCAUUAGAUUUAUCUUCCGCAUAUAUUCUCAAUGAACUCUAAAUGCACAAAUGCUUUUUACAUUAUUUUUCUACGUUUUGAUACUUUUCAGAAUUUCUAUUUAACCAUUGUUACUAAGCUCCAGACUUUCAACAGAUUUAUGUAAGUUACCUGUAUCAAAAACGGGUUUGAUUAUUUUUAAAUUUGUGCCUUAUAUACAUGUAAUCUGUGGAAUACUGGAUUUAAUAAAAGUUAUUUAACUUU